AGUUUCCCUUUAACAAAUUGCACCCUCAAAAUGCUAGUGGCUUUUUCCCUUUUUUCCAUAGUCCCCCUAACAUUGCAAAAAUGACACAUACCUUCUACUUUCAUGUUAGCAGCUUAAUCUAAAAUUCUAGCAUGAGUACUACUACUAAUCACCACCAUGGAUAAUAAUAACAACAAACCAACUACCCAACAAAACCAUGAUCCCUCCCCCUCUCCCAAAAAGCCUCCAUCCACCGCCCCCGCUGCCACAAUAACAACAGCAGGUGGCAGCGGAGGCGGUGGAGACAGGUUAAAAAGAGACGAGUGGAGUGAAGGCGCGGUUUCGUGUCUCCUAGAGGCUUAUGAAGCCAAAUGGGUACUUCGAAACCGAGCCAAACUUAAAGGCCAUGAUUGGGAAGACGUAGCGAAAUUCGUGUCGUCACGCGCCAAUUCAAGCAAGUCACCUAAAACACAAACACAGUGCAAGAAUAAAAUAGAGUCCAUGAAGAAAAGGUACAGGUCAGAGUCUGCUACUUCUGACGUGUCAUCAUGGCCUUUGUUUCCACGUCUAGAUUUGUUGCUACGUGGCACUGGUGGUCCACCACCUGUAGUAACUGUUGCUGCCGUGGCAUCUGUUGGUCAUGAUCCACCCUGUAGUCAUGCUGUCCCCGUUGCUAGCGGUGUUCCUUUAAAGCCUUUUGAUCACCCGCCGCCUGUUGUUGUACAAACACAACCGUCACCGGCGAUUGUCACCACGACGACCAUGAUUCAGACAUCGACUUUGCCGGUGGCCCCUGCGGUUGCUGCGAUUCCGGUGAUUCAAGAGAAGAAUUCUGUUGAUUCUAAUGGCGUUGAUCAGGAGGAUAAGGAAGAUGUAAUUGGUACGAAAAUAGCGGACAAUGAGCCGUCUGAGAAAAUGGAGAUUGAGAGUGAUUGCAGUACCCCGGCGGCUCUCUACAGCAACGAAAAGGAUAAGCUAACUCACAAGACAAAGAUUAUGACAGACAGUAGUAGAAAAAGGCGAAGAAAAGGAGAAAACUCGGACGUUGCUGAGAGCAUACGAUGGUUGGGUAAAGUAAUGGUGAGGUCCGAGCAAGCUAAAGUGGAGACAAUGCGGGAACUAGAGAAGAUGAGAGUGGAUGCUGAGAUCAAGAGAGGUGAAAUCGACUUAAAAAGAACUGAAAUAAUCGCCCAUACUCAAUUAGAAAUUGCUAAGCUCUUCGCCGCAAGUAUGGGAAAAAGCGUCGACCCCUCUUUGAGCAUCGGAAGGAGUUGAUGGGAGGAGGGUCGUCGUCGUUCAUUAUCAUUCGACCAGCCAUUUUAUGCAUAUAUAUGUUAUGUUAUGUUAAGUAUCGACUGUGAUAAGAAAAUGAGCAAAUUAAUACAUCUAUGUAAUUGUAGAUGUUAUAGCUUAUUAUAUGAUAUUGAUGGAGACAUGAAUAUAUUUGUAAGGAUAUAUAUAGGCCAUAUAGCCAUAAAUUGAAUUAUCGUCUGGUUGGUUUGGUUUGGUCUCACCAACUCCACCAGCUAAAUGUUGAUAGCGUAUUUUGAUUU